AUGGCUGCCUCCAGCGAUGCCGGCUUCCCAAUGUCGGACGCCCCGUCUCAAGCGGCUACCCCUAGGCGCAAUAACUUCAUGCCGAGCUCCUCAGCCGGCGGCAGACCACGAGCGCCACCGUCUGAGAGCAUGGGCGCUCCCAGCGACGACGAGAUCGAGGGUUUCGCCGAUGACCAAGUUCCAGGACGUCGAUCAAGGAUACCGGACAUCGCCAACAUUCCCAAGGUCGAGGACCGCCUUGGCUUGUUGAUCCAGGGCCAUUUCGAAGAGUUCAUUGAGGGAUAUGUUGAGGAUUUCACCUCCUCUGCUCCGACGUCUAGCGCCGUUACUACAGACAAGUACUACGUUGCUCAGAUUCACGGCAUGCGGGCACUACAGCUCUCGACCUUCUACGUCGACUUCAGACACCUGACUUCCUGGCAGGAUGGAGGGUUGGCCGAUGGAAUUAUGCGCGGUUACUAUCGUUCGAUACCCUUCAUCACCGCCGCCCUACACAACAUGAUCGCCAAAUACGAGCCGCAAUAUUUCAAGGAGCACAGGCAGCCGACCGCCUCGAGCAACCAGAGCAACUCAACCGCGAGCAAUAUGGGUUCUGCUAGUCAGUCAGAGAUGGGUAACAAAACAAGCAACCAGCAGACGGACAAGCUGUUCACCAUCGCAUUCUACAACAUGCCUCUUGUUUCGAGAGUGCGCAGUUUGAGGGCGGCCAAUAUUGGCCAGCUGCUGUCCAUCUCUGGUACCGUCACGCGAACAUCCGAGGUUCGCCCUGAGCUGUCUAUUGCGACCUUUGUGUGCGAAGCUUGCAGAUCUGUUGUGCCCAAUGUCGAGCAGACAUUCAGAUACACGGAGCCCACGCAGUGCCCCAACACGACCUGCCAAAACCGCCAAGCAUGGCAACUGGACAUCCGACACAGCACGUUUGUGGAUUGGCAGAAGGUGCGCAUCCAGGAAAACAGCUCCGAAAUUCCGACGGGAAGCAUGCCCCGUACGAUGGAUGUCAUCCUGCGUGGUGAGAUCGUUGAUCGGGCCAAGGCAGGAGAAAAGUGCAUCUUCACUGGUGCGCUCAUCGUUGUGCCCGACGUUAGCCAGCUUGGCCUUCCUGGCCUCAAACCAUCUGCCGUGAGAGACGACCAAGGGAACCGCGGUGCCGAUGUUGGUGGCUCGGGUAUCAGCGGUCUCAAGGCUCUCGGUGUUCGUGACCUGACAUACCGUCUGGCCUUUUUGGCAUGCAUGGUAACUCCCGAUACAUCGACCCCAGGCCAGUCUGCCACCGGCCAAGUUCAGGACGUUAUCAGCUCUCUUACCCAGGACAAGUCUGCCGAAUCCGCGGAUUCGGUUGAGGCUGCCCAAGCUGCUGUGCUUGCAUCAAUGAACGAGUCCGAGAUCAACGAAUUGCGUGAAAUGGUUCACAGUGGUCACAUCUACUCUCGCUUGGUAAAUUCAAUGGCCCCCACCGUUUACGGCCAUGAGGUCGUGAAGAAGGGUCUGCUUCUUCAGCUCAUGUCUGGUGUACACAAGACCACAGCCGAGGGUAUGGAGCUGAGAGGUGACAUCAACAUUUGUAUUGUUGGUGACCCGUCGACAUCCAAGUCUCAGUUCUUGAAGUAUAUUUGCUCCUUUGCCCCUCGCGCAGUCUACACCAGUGGUAAGGCAUCUUCCGCCGCUGGUCUCACGGCCGCCGUUGUGAAGGAUGAGGAGACGGGUGACUUCACCAUCGAGGCCGGUGCCUUGAUGCUGGCAGACAACGGCAUCUGCGCCAUUGACGAGUUCGACAAGAUGGAUAUCGCCGACCAAGUUGCCAUCCACGAAGCCAUGGAACAGCAGACUAUUUCCAUCGCCAAGGCUGGUAUUCAGGCCACCCUCAACGCUCGCACUUCCAUCCUCGCUGCCGCCAACCCCGUCGGCGGCCGCUACAACCGCAAGACCACCCUUCGCGCUAACAUCAACAUGAGUGCCCCCAUCAUGUCGCGUUUCGAUCUUUUCUUUGUCGUACUCGAUGAGUGCAAUGAGCAGGUCGACCGCCACCUUGCCGAACACAUUGUCGGAAUCCAUCAGCUGCGCGACGCCGCUAUCGAGCCCGAAUUCAGCACCGAGCAGCUCCAACGCUACAUCCGUUUCGCCCGCACCUUCCGCCCAGAAUUCACUGUCGAGGCGAAGGAAGUGCUCGUCGAGAAAUACAAAGAGCUUCGCGCCGACGAUGCACAGGGUGGAAUCGGCAAGAACUCAUACCGUAUCACCGUCCGUCAGCUGGAGAGUAUGAUCCGUCUUUCCGAGGCUAUUGCGAAGGCCAACUGUGUCGAAGAAAUCACCCCCGAGAUGGUCAAUGAGGCCUUUAACCUGCUCAGACAGAGUAUCAUCUCCGUGGAGCACGACGAUGUUGAGUUCGACGAGGAUGAGCCCGAGGAUAGUGAGACCUUGCGCCGUGCUGCCUCCGAAGCCGCUGGCCAACAACUAGAGGACGAGACUGCCAUGGCUGUCGACGGAGCAGCUCCCGCGCGGCCGCAGCAGACCAUCACAUACGAGAAAUACGUUAGCAUGGUCAACUUGUUCCUGCAGCGUGUCACCGAGGGCGAGUCGGAGAAUGGAGAAGGUAUCGAGGCUGAGGAGCUUGUUCUGUGGUACCUCGAGCAGAAGGAAGAAGAGCUUCAGGGCGAGGAGGACUACCACCGCGAGAAGGCGUUGGCGCACAUGGUGCUCAAGAAGAUGGUCAAGACCAAUUUCCUUAUGGCCGUCCGUGGCGAGGGCUUGCUGGACGACGAAGGCAACGCUGGCGAGGGCGCCUCUGCCGACGCCGCGAAGAUCGUCUACGUGCUGCACCCCAACGCCAACGUAGAGGAGUUUUAA